AUGAUCCUGUUCGACGAAGAGGAUGGGCUGGAUGAUACACCCAUGUUUAAGCAGCGGGCGGAUGAGAUGGAGGCAUCCGCCAAGCGCCUGAAGGACCGCUGCGCAGCGCUGCUGGCGGGCGCCAAGAAGUACCGCGACGGGAUCACCACCAUGCUGGACGCCACGAAUGCUUUCACGGCAGCACUGGCGGAUUUUGGCGGCGGCUCGGACGAAGAGAGCCUGCACCUGGGCUCCGCGGUGAUGUCACAGUUCAUUAAGGUGUUUCGGGAGCUGGCCGGCUUCUAUGACUUCCUGCGCACUCAGCUUGACCUGGGCAUGAUAGAGCGCGUCCAGAAGGACUGGAUGGAGGGGGUGCUGGCGGCGGCGCGUGAUGAGCGGCGCAAGUACGACCGCAAGGCAUCGGACUACGAAUCCGCGCGCGUGCGUCACCAGAGCCUGAAGAAGCUGACCAAGCGCGAGGUGCUGGAGAAGAGCCACGCUGACCUGGCAACUGCGCGCUGCGGGGAGGAGGAGGCCCGCUUUGAACUGGCACGCAAGCUGACAGAGGUGGAGCUGUCCAAGCGCUACUCGUUCCUGGAGCUGGUGGUGGGCGCGGUGCACGCGCACCUCAUGUUCUUCCGCAACGGCACUGACCUGCUGGGCCGCCUGGAGUCGCCCAUCAACGACGCGCUGCAGAUCGGGGAGCACCUGAGGGCGGAGAAGGUGCUCAGAGAGCGCGGCCUGGAGGACAUGAUCCGGGGCCGCAAGGAGGCGGCGGACAGGAGGGAGGCGCUCAUAGCCCGGGAGGUCGCGGCACUGGAGCCGGUCCCUGGCUCCGGCGCCCCCGGCGCCGGCGCCAGCCUGGAUGGCGGCGCGGCCGGCAACGGCGGCCCGGGCCCUGCCAGCGGCGGCUCUGUGGUGCUGAGCGCAGGACCAGGGGGCCCGGUGCAGAUGAGCUCCGCCAACGCCGAGCUCAGUGCCGACAUUGAGCGCCUCAUACGCACCACACGGUCCACCAGCGGCCAGCAGGUGUCCAUUAUCAAGCAGGGCUACCUCUGCAAGCGCAGCCAGGGCAAGGGGCGCAGCGACUUCAAGCGGCGCUUCUUCGUGCUGGACUCCAACGGCAUGAUGUACUACUACUCACACAAG